UCUGUCAGUGAGUGGAGGAACAAUUUAGAUUUAAGCUCCAACAGCCUCUAAAGCUUCUCUCAUUCAGCCACUUCCCUCCGACGCGCCACCAUGACGCACAUCGCUCCUCUUCUCACUGUCAUUUUAACAUCAUCACUCCUGAGCUGGACACAAGCCUCGAUCCUCUGCACCUGGACUAAAGCUCUGCCUAACAAAGAAAUACACUACAGUUUCCUCUGGAGCGACCCCCGGCAGUCCUCUCCAUCCCUGCGGCUCUACCACAGCGCAUGGUCCGGGGAGCGCGCACUGCUCAGCUGCGCCUGGAGCGACGACGCAGCAGUGACCCAGAACUAUUUCUCUCUGUGCCGCGAGCAAACACACAAGUUCUCCGAUCAUCCAGAUGAAUAUCUCGAUGUGGACUCCAUGUUGGAGGCAGAGGAUCGGUGCGUCUCUGUGGCCUCUCCAGGGGUCGAGGAGCCCCGGGAGCGCGCAGGGAAGAGGGCGGUGAGGAGCGUCGGUGGUCACACCGAGACUGAGGAUCAGCAAGGUCACGCUGAGAGGUCAGAGGUCAGGAGCCAUCAGCGCGUGAAGCGUGGGUUCAUUGUGCCAGGGACUCUCUGGUGCGGCUCUGGCAACAAGGCACCUUCAUAUGAAGAUUUGGGAGUUUUUACAGACACUGACGGCUGCUGCCGUGAACACGACCAGUGCAAACACACCAUCCUGUCCUUUCACUCCGAGUUUGGCGUCUUCAACAGCAACAUCUUCACCAUGUCUCACUGUGACUGUGACAACAAGUUUCGUAACUGUCUGAUGGAGGCCAACGACAGCAUAGCUGACGUAGUGGGAUACACCUUCUUCAACCUGCUGAAGAUGCACUGCUUUGAGUUCUCCCACAGACUCCAGUGUACACAGAGGAACUGGUUUGGCAUGUGUAAAGAGACUAAAAUGGCGCUCUACGCUGAUGUCCAUCCGCCCACGCUGUACGAGUCUCCCAGUCCAACAGAGGUCAGCAUGAACAGCUCCAUCACAAACACCACCACACCCACAGAGCUACUGGAGAGCAGCAAGUCAGACUCCAUCACUGCCGCAGCAUCCACAGUCCCCACUCCUUUAACCAGUUCCCCAUCUACCUCCAUCACCAUCCCCUCCGUCACCAACGUGACCAACUCCACAGGAUCAGCACCUGAGAGCACAGCCGACCUGGAGAACACGUUACAAACCGAAAAACAAACUGAGCAGGGUGUCAUAGAGAAGCAGCUGUCAUGUGCCAUCUACAAAGAUCUGGAUGAGUGCAGAAACAAGAUCCUUCCCCAGCAGAAGAGAUACGGCCUCCACAACCCAGAGGCCAAGACGCUGUACCACUGCAACUGUACCACCAGGUUAUUCCAGACUUUGGCUGAGCAGAGACAACUGACCGAAGUACAGGCUUUCCUGCUGGGAUAUGUGUCUCAGUCGUGUUUCCUGCCACAGGACUGCACAGUGGGAAAUAUCUGUACAGCAGCUCUGGUGAGAGCAGAUCUUCCUCAGCUGGAGCAGAGCAGCAGAGCUGACAUGGAGGAGCAGCGCCAUCUACAGGCUGUCAAACUGAAGGUCAGGAGGCCAAACAACAGGAGAGCCAAGAGGAAAGACAGAGCUGUCAGACUCCACAAACUGUGUCUCAGGAUGGUCCGGCCCAAACUCAGCCAGAACAAGAGCAGGACACACAAGCGGGAUCGGCCAGCUGUAAGAGGAAGAGCGCUCGUCUGAGUGUGAAUACUAUGGAGGCUCAAAGUGGUCAAUAUUACAGAGACUAUUUCAGGUCAUUUUCUUUUUGUUCCAGCACUUUCUAUGUCAGAUUUUCCCUCCUUCAAAAUCUGUUUUUAUCUCACAACAUCUCACAAAGGACAAUAUGUUCAAAUAGAAAACCCAAAAACAAACUUAAGAUUAUAAAUUAAAUAAACAGAAACUGCUGGGUUAUCAUAAAAAACACCUGCAAUAAACUCAGUGAAAAGAGUCAUAAUAAUGAGCUGAGUUUUAAAACAUCUUGAAACAUGUCUUUAUCUGCAUGUAUUUUCUGAUGUAAUAGUGACCACUUUGGGUCCCCAUUAAAAACUGUAGUACUGUGUAUCCCAGAGAUGGGGGCUCGAGUCACAUGACUUGGACAUGAGUCAGACUUGAGUCACAAAUUUGAUGACUUUAGACUUAAAUUCACAAAAAAGGACUUGCAACUUGACUUGGAAUUUAACACCAAUGACUCAUGACCUCACUUGCACUUGAGCCUUUUGACUUACAAAUACAUGAUACCCUCUCCUAAGCCCCAAAGAUAAAAAAGCAUGUUCAUUUCUGGAAUUAAUUAAAUAACAUGAACACUAUUCGGUCCGACAUUAUCCAGUCAAGUUGCAGGAGAGAACUGUGAAGAACUUUCGUUACAUAACUGAAGGCCUGUGGGAAAACAUUAUACCAAAGAUAAUUUCAUUCACGUCCAAAAACUAGUCGGUGGUCAACAGAAAACAAAUUGCAGUUUGCAAAGCAUGCGGGUUAAAAGUUACUGAUGGAGAUGCAACGACUUCCAACUAACUACAACUUUUAUAAAACAAUCGUUUUGUAUUAUAACUCCGUAAUUGAAAUAGUAUGACGUUUGGUAAGGCGUGCAUAACUCAAAGUUUAUGACUUAGGACUUGACUCCGGGCUUGUCUGUCUUGAUUUGGGACUUGUGAACAAAAACUUGAGAGUUAAUUGUGACUUGCAAAACAACGACUUGGUCCCACUUCUGGUUUAUAGAGUUCCCCAGGGAUUCCUGAGGACUCAUUCCUGGGACGCUCUAUUCAUAUUGUCUACAUCAGAAAUGUAGUGGAACUCAGUUUUGACCAAAUUAUUAUCCAUAUUUUUGGGAUAAAGACAAAAGGAAACUUUUCCUGAAGUAUAACAAACCCUUUUCACAGCAGAUGUUUUGACGAGUCAUAGAAGCAACAGCACAGGUAUGACAGGCAUUGUUAAAGUAAUUAGUUACACCUGUGCUUCCACAUUAGCAUGGCUCUACUGAUGGUCGUUGGCCUGUCUGUCCAGACUGAAAUAUUUACAAUUGGAUUGAUUGUCAUGAUAUUUAAUCCAGACAAUCAUGUUCCACUUACGAUAAUCUGUAACAAAUUUAGUCCCUUAAAUUUCAAAAUGUCUGCCUUGACAAGGGUCUAUUGAGUUUGAUAUUGGUGGCACUUUUCUCUGAGAUAAUGACUGACAGGAGGUAAUUUACCUGCGUUUUAAUGCACCUCUGCAUCAGUAGUCUCCGCUCUGAUUAAACCCUACGAGUCACUGUUAUUGAGGUUUCAGUAAUCAGUGUGGAUGUAAAUAUUUGUGUUGUAUCAGUUGUAGAUAGUUAUGAAUUAUGGUAUUAGCUCAGCUGAGUUAAAAUAAAUAAAUGUAAAUAUCUGUAUAUAAUGUGAAAUAUUUGGUUUAUGAUGUGAAAAGGAAUGACUGAUUACAUUUAAAGGAAUAGUUUGACAUUUUGGGAUUUUGGUUUCUUGCUGAGAGUGAGAUGAUCAGGAUUAUGUCUGAUAUCUGUACGGUAAAUGUAAAGCUAGCCGGUUAGCCUAUCUUAGCAUAAAGACUGUAAAAAAUCAAACCACCAGCCCAGCUUGAAAACAGCAAAUUGUUGUUUUUACUCUGUUUUUAUGUACGGAUUAUGUUGAUGUCUGUACAGUAAAUAUGAAUCCAUCCAGUUAGCCUAGCUUAGCAUAAAGACGGGGCCAAACAUCAAUCCUGGCUUGUAAAACAGCAAAUUUGUUGUUUUUACCCUGUUUUUAUGUACAGAUUAUGUCUGAUGUCUGUACGAUAAAUGUUAAACUAUCAGGUUAGCCUAGCUUAGCAUAAAGACUGUAAAUGAGCAAACCACUGCCAGUCCAGCUUGUAAAACAGAAAAAUGUUGUUUUUACCCCCUGGUUUUUGUAUGAAUUAUGUCUGACAUCUGUAUAGGUAAUAUGAAUCCACCCAGUUGUUUUUACUCUUCGUUUUGGAUUAUGUCUAAUGUCUAUAUGUCAAAUAUAAAAAUUAGCUGGUUAGCCUAGCAUAGCAUAAAAAGUGAAAGGAGGAGAAAAAAAAACUAGCUUAUACAAAGACUAAAUGUAUUUUUUUAUUUGUUUUUGUCUAGGCAAUAACCCCACAAAUUGUUGUUUUUACACCACAAGAUAUAAUUGAAAAGUGAAAUGUUUCUGGUGAUGGGUUUUAUUACCUUUGGACAGAGCUAGGCUAGCUGUUUCCCCCUGUUUACAGCCUUUAAGAUAAGCUAAGCUAAGCUAAGCUAAUGUCUCCUGAGUGUAGUUUCCACCUAAGAAAGUAAGGCAGACGUUUUUGGGAAAUAUAUUGUCUGCUUUUUUGCUUAGAGUUAGAUGAGAAAAGUACAAAAAGUACAAGCACUUAUCUUUGUAGUGAAUAUCAAGCUACAGUCAAGAGAUGAUUAGCUUAGCUUAGCAUAAAGACUGGAAAUGGGGGUAAACUGCUAGCCUGGCUCUUACCAGUGGUAAAAAUCACCUCCAAAGCUCAUAUUUGUUUAAUCUGUACAAAACAAGAAGGAUGAAACUACAGUACAAUUGCUGUAGGCUAAUUAAGACAAAGCUAGGCUAGCUGUUUUGGGUUUCCCCCUGUUUACAGCCUUCAAGCUAAGCUAAGCUAAUGUCUCCUGAGUGUAGCUUCCACCAAAACAGUAAGGCAGACAUUUUGGGGAAAUUUUGUCUGCUUUUUUGCUUAGGGUUAGAUGAAGAUACAAUGCUUAUGUUUGUAGUAUAUGAAGCUACAGUCAAGAGAUGUUUAGCUUAGCUUAGCUUAGCUUAGCAUAAAGACUGUAAAUGGAUGUAAACAGCAAGCCUGGCUCUGACCAGUGGUAAAAAUCACCUCCAAAGCCCAUGUUUGUUUAAUCUGUACAAAACAAGAAGGAUGAAACUACAGUUCAAUUGCUGUAGGCUAAUUAAGACAUAACUAGGCUAGUUGUUUCCCAUUGUUUACAGUCUUUAAGCUAAGCUAAUGUCUCCUGAGUGUAGCUUCCACCUAAGAAAGUAAGUGAGACAUUUUUGGGAAAUAUAUUAUCUGCUUUUUUGCUGAGAGAUAGAUGAAAAGACUGACAGCACUUAAGUUUGUAGUGAAUAUGAAGCUGCAGUCACGAAAUGGUUAGCUUAACAUAAAGACUGUAAAUGGGUGUAAAAAGCUAGCCUGGUUCUGACCAGUGGUAAAAAUCACGUCCAAAACAAAAAGGAUAAAACUACGAUACAACUGCUGUAGGCUAAUUACAGCAGAGCCAGGCUAGCUGUUUCCCUGUUUUCAGUAUUUAUGCUAAGCUAAGCUAACCUGACUAUCGCUUCAUAUUUCAGACAAAUACCAAAGUGGUACACUAUCAUUUUUUUCCAUUAUCUCCCAAAAUGUUGAACUAUGUAUUUUAAAUAUUCAAGUUUUAAACACUAUCUGCUUCCUGCCAUUUCAAUUACAAAUGUUACAUGAGUUUAAUUAUUUAUUGUUUUGUUGUUGUUUGUUUGACCAAGUAAAAAGUAAAAAGA